AUGGCGGCCGCGGCGGUAGUUGAAUUUCAGAGAGCUCAGUCUCUCAUCAGCACGGACCGAAAUGCAUCUAUCGACAUUUUACAUUCAAUCGUGAGGAGAGAUGUUCAGCAGGACGAUGAGGAGGCGGUGCGAGUUAAGGAGCAGAGCAUCCUGGAGCUUGGGGCUCUCCUGGCCAAGACUGGACAGGCUGCAGAGCUGGGGGGCCUGCUGAAGUUCGUCAGACCCUUCCUGAUCUCCAUCAGCAAGGCCAAGGCGGCCCGCCUGGUGCGCUCUCUGCUGGACCUGUUUCUGGACAUGGAGGCAGCCACAGGCCAGGAGGUGGAGCUGUGUCUGGAGUGUAUUGAGUGGGCCAAAGCAGAGAAGAGAACCUUUCUCAGACAGGCUCUGGAGGCUCGCCUGAUCUCGCUGUAUUUCGACACUAAAAGGUUCCAGGAGGCUCUUCAGCUGGGCUCCCAGCUCUUGCAGGAGCUGAAGAAGAUGGAUGACAAGGCCCUGCUGGUGGAGGUCCAGCUGCUGGAGAGCAAGACGUACCACGCCCUCAGUAACCUGCCCAAGGCUCGCGCCGCCCUCACCUCCGCCCGCACCACCGCCAACGCCAUCUACUGCCCCCCCAAGCUCCAGGCCGCUCUGGACAUGCAGUCAGGGAUUAUCCACGCUGCGGAAGAGAAGGAUUGGAAGACGGCCUACUCUUAUUUCUUUGAGGCGUUUGAGGGCUAUGACUCCAUCGACAGCCCCAGAGCCAUCACUGCCCUCAAAUACAUGCUCCUCUGCAAGAUUAUGCUCAACACACCAGAGGAGGUGCAGGCUCUGAUCAGUGGUAAACUGGCUCUUCGGUACGCUGGGAGACAGACAGAUGCACUGAAAUCUGUAGCGCAGGCCAGCAAGAACAGAUCAUUAUCAGACUUUGAAAAGGCUCUUACAGAGUACACAGCGGAGCUGAGGAACGACCCGAUCAUUAACACGCAUCUGGCCAAGCUCUACGACAACCUUCUAGAACAGAACCUCAUCAGAGUCAUCGAGCCUUUCUCCAGAGUGCAGAUCACACACAUAUCAGGUCUCAUCAGGCUGUCAAAGGAGGAUGUGGAGAGGAAACUGUCCCAGAUGAUUCUGGACAAGAAGUUUCACGGAAUCUUGGACCAGGGUGAGGGAGUCCUCAUUAUCUUUGAGGAACCAGCUGUGGACAAAACCUAUGAAGCUGCGCUGGAGACCAUUCAGAACAUGAGUAAAGUGGUGGAUUCGCUCUACAACAAAGCCAAGAAGCUGACAUAGAAAAAACGACAAGACAACAGCUCGAUGAAGCGUGUGUGUGUGUGUGUGUGCGUGUGCGCGUGUGUGUGGCGCCAACACGUGGAACCUUUUUUUGUAAGGCCAGAAGGGACAGCGGAAUUCAAGACCCAAAAUCCACAACAGAAUUCAUGGUUUCACCAACGGACAGCUCUUACCACAACAGAAUUCAUGGUUUCACCAAUGGACAGCUCUUACCACAACAGAAUUCAUGGUUUCACCAACGGACAGCUUUUCCCUCAUCGUUCAGUGGACAAACCUCAUCCAACUCCUUUUUAUUACAGUUAUUAUUAAUAUUUUUUUUUUUCGUUCUUUUCCUUUUUUUUUGUCCAAUGUAUUGUUCAGCGGCCCCUAGAGGCCAUCAGGGAACAUUGCACAACCACAAUAAAAUAUUGAGAAGAAAUCAUUACACAUAAAUACACAACUGUCCUACAGAUGAUAUCUCCAUUAAACCUUCAGAGGUGCAGUACUGUCCCAAGGCCUCCCCUGUCCUCGAGUUAGGAGCAGCUUUGGUCAGGUGGGGUUUUUAUUUUUGCUCCCAAGAGAGAAUUUUUAUCAGUGUUUCUCCGAGCGUGGAGGCCCUGACCGAGCCCGUGUGUGAGGAGGGACAGGAAAUGACCCUGAACUUUACGACUCGUCAUUAAGCAGAAAUGCAGUUACCAGCUGUCACGUCAGAGCCUGCUUGUUUUUCUUUUGUCUGUUAAUGUUCUCUUUUCCCUCAUUAUGUUGUAUAAUAGCACAGAUUUUCUGGUUUCAUCUGAACAAGUUAAGAGAAGAGGCAUUAUCUCUGCCCUCAGAGCUCAGUGUGGUCGAGCGUCCUGCUGAAGACACUGACCACUGCAUCCUCACCCUGGAUGCAGAAACACAGAUUCUCUGGUUCCUUCCAUUCUCUAUGUCAACACAUGCCCCAAAUAUUUCAUUUCAAGAAAUUCACAAAUAAAUCCUCC